AAUGAGUUGACCGUACAGACAGAUGGUCCGGCGGGGCCCCACAAUGCUGAGUAAGCACCCCAGCGGCCUGUGCAACACAAUGCUGUGUUGUGCCAGCCCUGGCCAGCCUGCUGAUUUUGAUGAUAUCAGGAUGGCUGGCUCGGCGGCCACUGUCCUCGAUGUCUCCGCGCUGCUCCACUGGGAGCCGUUGUGUGGCCAGCUGACAACCACAAGAUUCCCGUACCGCACGUCCUCACUAGCAUGGUCCGAGUCGCGGUGCCAACAAGUGACUCUGAUCCGGCGUCCGAAUAUGCUGACCUCACCUUGGGAUGUCUCCAGUGUGUGUAAGGAGCCGAGACGAUUGCCUGCAGUAGCAAGCCAAAGAGUGGCCAACUGUUGGCUGGUUGUGGACCUUACGUUGGCUUCAGGUGGUCGAACCAACGACCUGCCAUGGACUGUUAUGCUGGCACUCCGUCUGUCACUGCAUGUAGCACGGUGGUGUGACACUCCCCACCAUCCAGGAGAGCUGUCACACUUGAAUGCAUCUAAUUAGAAAACGGCACCUAUUUAUACUCAACUGUGCUCCUCUGCUUUGCCAAAUGCGCCACUUUGCGUCACGAAUGCGUAACACUUAGGGUGCCAAGUGGCCCCCUUCUGCCUGUGACUUGGGCCAUGAAAACAGCUGUGUGUGCCUUCUAUGGCAGUUCUACCACUGUGGCCUCAAUUUCUCUUCGCAACUGCUGGUAUGCAUCUCACUUCAAUCUGGACUGCACCUGGCUGUAACUUGUGCUCAGGGUACCACACAAAACUAACUUUCCCUAUCCUAACUGGUGGUGCCGCUACAUUUUAUACGAGCAAAAUUCAACUUGAGCUUAUUCAGCUCAGAGCAUGUCAGUUAAGAAUAUCAGCAAACAGAUAUUUUCACUAACAUACACAUUAGAAGCAACUUUGAUAAAUUAAGGCACCUUCUCUUUGUUGCCACAUACUUAAUAUCUUAGAUGCAAAACACAAUGAAACUUUUGAACACUUGUUAAUUGAAAUGAGAGUAAUGUAUUAAUCAGAUAAAAUCGUUUUGUUUUGUUUGUUUCUCCAGUAAACGUAAAUAGUGCUACACUUUUAAAUUUACGUUUCAGUUGUUUACUGAAACUUACACAGAGAACUUAUAAUAGUAACACCGGGUUGUGUGGGUGAUUUUGUGCUUUAUGUAUUAUAUUUUUGUACUUGUUUUGUAAAUAAAACUUUGUCAUUACGCUACAGUAAA